CUUUCACUGUGAGAACAAGAGAUAAGAGAGCGACCGAAUCAUGAUGGCUGAGUUCAAAUGGAUUCAGACUUCUUUAUUUCUGAUGGUGAUGCUUCAGUUCACAGCAGCAGCUGAGAAACACUCAGCUCACACUCACUCCUUCACUGUCAGAGUUGGAGAUGACGUCUCUUUGCCUUGUGAAAAUGCAGCGAAAAAGAAGCAUAAAUGUGGCAGUUACACCUGGCUCUACAGUGGUUCAAGAAGCCCAGCAGCAGUGGAGCUGGUUCAACUCGGGAAGGUUGUUGAACGUGACGAACCUUCAUCAGACAGACUGAGUGUUCUACAGAACUGUUCUCUGGUCAUGAAGAAGGUCACAGUCGAGGAUGUUGGUCGUUACACAUGCAGAGAGUUCAAGUCAGGAGGAGAACAAGGUUCAGACUCUGUGGUUCAUCUGUCUGUGAUCAGCAUGACUGAACUUAAGGACACUGAUAAGGUGACAUUUAACUGCUCUGUGGUGACAUAUGAGCGAUGUACACACACAGUGCAGUGGUCGUUUAACGGUAACGAUGUGGAUAAAGAUAACCAGGAUCUCAAGAUGUCACAGUCUUCCUGCUUUGCCUCUCUGCGGUUUCUGUCUUCUCAUUACUUUUACACAUCAAGGUAUAAACGACUCAAGUGUAAAGUGACCAAUGGUAACAAAGUGCAGCAGUUUGACCUCAUCCCUCAGCCCUCAGGCGAGAAACCAGGUGACGACACAACAACAAAACAAUCAACAACGACUAAAUUAACCAGAACAACUGAAAACAGCAUGAAAGCAGGAACCAUGACGAUGGCGUCUCCGACCAAAGGUUGGUGGUGGUUGUACGUCAUUGCGGCUGUGCUUUCAGUCGCACUUUUAAUGAUUGUCGUGGAAGUCAUCAGAAGGAGGAGAUCUGAAGGGAACAAAACGCGGACGAACAACAAUGUUACCGAUCCUGAAGAUGGUGUUUCCUACGCCUCCAUCAGCUUCACCAAGAAGAGCAACAGUAACACCCAGGCUCUGGAUAAGGAUGAAGAUGUGACCUACACCGCCGUGAAAGCUUUGUCUUCUUCUGCUGGAGCCUCUGAAGAUAUCAGCAACCUCUAUGCCACCGUUAACAAAUAAGAGACCGCGGUCUAGUUACAGCUCACAUCAUCAUUACACUUCUUUUACUUUGAUAAAUGUUUGAAUUUGUAGUUUUACUAGAACUAUUUUUUGAUGCCUUUCAGGAUUUCUUGCUGUAAAAACCACUUAAUCCAGAAGGGGGUGCAGAAGGUUAACUCCUAUAUCUGUGUUCAAUUAAAUCUGAUUCAGACCUUUAAGAUAUGUAGGAAAAAGCAUUUUCCUCUACACAAAUACUGCCCUGUGGAAUUCCAGCCAUUAUCAACAUAAAUGUCAAAAUAAUUUUGGGUAUUUUGGGGUCAGAUCUAUAGAUUACAGAAUUACAUCUUCUGUGGCUAAAGAUAUAUUGUGGUGCUGUCACUCAAUUGAAUAUUAUCAGAUUCAAUCAGAUCAUUUGAUGAAACUAUUCUUUUUCUUUUUCAAAACUCUAUUUUUAUACUUCUCAUGGGUCACUCAAGCCUAAAAACAGUCCGGAUUCUUUUCUGCAGAUGUGGAGUUCAUCAAUUUGUCCAUGUGGGGACGAUCAUGAUGUGGAUUUUACUCAGGGAAUGACUCGGAGGGUCACGUCGUUUAUGUUAAUCUCCUGAUCUAACUGAUCUAAAUCUACAUGAAACACAAAAUAAUUCAGCAUGAAAGUUCAUUCUUGACCUCAGGAAUAAAAGUUUGACAAGAAAUCAACCAGUUUUUUAAAAAAUAGCUGCACCAGCUGUUAUAUUAGCCUCUAACUCGCUGUGACUUCCUGUUACAGGCCUGAGACUUGCUUGGCACUUAUACACACUGCUGCACUUGUUGUAUUUUACUAGAUGUUAUGUGUUCUAUUUGCUGUAUUUUUACCUGUAAUUUUGUUAUUUUAUUCUGUAGUUUUAUUUCCCAUCUCAUGUAAUGCAUUGUCUUUAUUUUCAUUUUUAUUCUCUCUUAAUUUUACUCUUAUUACCGAAUAGGUUUUAUUCUGCAUCUUAGUUUACAUACAUUUUUCAUCCCUGUUUUUAUGUCCAAUCUAUUCGUUUACGUGAAUCACACUCUUGGUUCAUGUGAUUUCUUUGUCAUAAAGCACUCUGAGCUGCAAUUCCUGUAUGAAAGGUGCUUUACAAAUAAAGAUUGUUUUAUAUAUACACAU